AUGGCCACAGUACUUCUUCGGGAAACUCCUCUUAAGCGAGAGAGGGCCCAGGACUCGGACGGCAAAUCGGGACCAGAUGCCUCGAACACUUCUAUUAACAGCAUUCCUCCCCUGGGAGCCGUCGUUCAGGGGAAGCAGUUCUGGUGGCAGAAGUCGAAAGUCGACCUGGAUGCUACUGCUACUCAGCCCAGCGUCUUCGAUGACCCAGAAACAGCAGAGCGAUAUUACCCACCACCUACCUGGGAGAAUGUGCAUCGCUUCGACCCCCUUGCCAGAUGGACCUGGAGGGAAGAGAAAAAACUGUUGCGGAAAAUUGACUUCCGCAUCAUGACUUGGGCUUGCAUCAUGUUCAUGGCUCUCGAGCUUGAUCGGGCCAACAUCCAUCAGGCUUUGACUGACAACUUUCUUGGUGAUUUGGGAAUGCAUACUAACGACUAUAACCUUGGAAACACCGUGUUCAAGCUUUCGUUCCUCUGUGCCGAGCUCCCCUCUCAAUUAGUAUCCAAAUGGAUGGGUCCGGAUAGAUGGAUCCCGGCACAAAUGUCACUUUGGAGUAUCGUUGCAUGCUGCCAGUUUUGGCUAUCCGGACGUAGGUCAUUUCUGGUCUGUCGCGCUUUGCUCGGUCUCCUGCAGGGUGGCUUCAUUCCUGAUGGCCUUUUAACUCUUGUUAUCGGCCUGAUGUCUUUCUUGCUCAUGCCUGCUGGACCGUGCCAAACUGCUAGCUGGUUCCGCGGGAAAAAUGGUUGGUUCACGCCCAGGGAAGAAACUAUCAUUGUCAAUCGAGUGCUACGGGAUGACCCUAGCAAGAGCGACAUGCACAACCGUGAGCCAAUUACAUGGAAGCUCCUCUGGCAGAGCCUCAAGGACUACGAUCUCUGGCCACUGUACCUCUUGGGCCUAACAUUCCAGAUCCCAAUGGUUCCCCCGGGGCAAUAUCUCACCUUAUCUCUACGAGCCCUGGGUUUUGAUACCUUCCAAAGCAACUUGUUGGCCAUGCCGCACACAAUCUUGCACACCCAUCCAAUUCAAGUCGGAUGGAAUUCGCGAAACUCGAACGCUGUUAGAUCUCGCACAGUGUCUGCAGCCUGUUACAACAUGUUUGUUCAGACCAGUGGCAUCAUCGCCUCUAAUAUCUACCGCAAAGACGAUGCGCCAUUGUAUCGGAGGGGGAACAGGCAGCUCUUGGCCAUUCUUUGCAUGAAUAUUGUCUUGUAUUUCCUCGUGAAGGCGUACUAUGUCUGGCGCAACAACCAGAAAGCCAAGAAAUGGAAUGCUAUGACGGAGGAAGAACGGCUGAACUACUUGUCAACAACAAAGGAUAAGGGGAACAAAAGGCUGGACUUCAGGUUCCAGCAUUGA